AUGACCGCGACGGGCGCGGCGGACGUCGUCAACGUCGUCGGCCGCGCCGCCGCCUUCCUCGGCACCGCCAUUGACAGCGCCAUCGAGAACACCGCCGCCGUCGUCGAACACGCCGCCAAGCGAGCCGACCAGAUGGCGUUCGCCAACUCUCCCAAGAACGGACCUACCCGCGAUUCGCCCCGGUGGAGGCGGCACGGAUCGAGCCCGGGUAAGGGCGCGCGGCUGUCUAACCUGUCUCCCAAGGCGAUGAACAAGGGCGGAUCGCGAUUCGGCGGCGGUAAGGGUCACGGCUCGCCGGGGGGCGGCGCGAGGAGGAGCCCCGCGGGCAAGGGUCCAUACAGGAGCCCCGGCGGGGCCGGCAUCAGGGUGUUCCGCUCGCCCAGCCUGGCGUCCUCGGGGAAGAAGAGCAGGUCGCGGAUGUCCGGGGAGUACGGCCGCGUCGACGCGAUCCCGAUGAAGACGGGGGACGACGCGCCCGGCGACGAUGACUGGGGCUGGAACGCCAAGUCACCGACGGGGGAGGAAAAGACCCGCAACGUCGCCGCCGCCACCGCGCACCUUCGGCGUGAGCUCGCGGAGGUUCACACCGAGCGCGAUGAGCUCAAGUCCGCCGUCGGGGCGCUGAACAGGCGGCUCAAGACACUCGCGGAGGAGCACGAGAUGCUCAAGAAGCAGAACCUCGGCUUGCAGAAGCGCAUGGCGGCGAGCCAGUACGAGAGUCAGGGCGGGGGAUCCGACCCGCUCGCCGAACAGGUGCGGCACCAGCUGGAGCACCUGGUGAUCGAAAAGGGUAAGCUGGCGCAGGAGAACGCCAGCCUGAGGCGGGAGUGCGAGUCCCUUCAGGAGCUGCUGAUGUACUCCAACAUGGCGUCGCAGGUUGAGUCGAUGUACUCCUCGGGCGGGAUCUUUGGGCACGCGUACGACGAGGAAGGAACCGACGACGACGACAUCGACGUCGAUAGGGUCGACGUCGAUAGGGUCGAUGGGGUCGCGGGGGAAGACGACGAGGCUUUCGAGACUGUCGCGCCACGAGCCGAGGAGGCUGACGACGCGCAGCCGCCGCCGCCGCGGGAGGAGGACGCCGAGGUCGCCGUCGCCGAGCCGCCGGCGGCGGAGUCGGAGCCCGUCGCGGAGGACGUCGCCGCCGACGCCGCCGACGCCGCCGCGGAGCCCGAGCCCGAGCCCGAGCCCGAGCCCGAGCCCGUCGUCGCGACCGCGACCGAGGAGGAACCCGAGGCUCCUGCGGAGGGCAAAAAGAAGCGAGGGGGCAAGAAGGGGAAGAAGGGUAAGCGGUGA